UUGCUUUCGUGGGGCACAAAAGUGAUCUGAGGCCUCGAGAAACAGCGAGGAACUGUACCGAAGACUCAUACAAACCAGCUCCAUAGUGAACCCUGGAAACGAGCGACCGCAGGGAUAUAAGCGAGAGUUACCAAGACGUUAUUGAAGUCGCCUCGCCCUCCCGCCACUAGGAGAGGGUCGACCCGAGCCAGAGACGGAUUGUGCAGCCUCAGAAACACAUAUUUGUUGCCUGAGCUCCUGACGAGGAAUAAAGGAUGAGGGUGAGCCUGGUGCUGCUGGCGGCGGUGCUGGUUGUGGUGAUGUGGGCGGUAGUGAGUGCAGGGCCGGCACCGCUCGAGGAGGAAGAGGAGGAGGCCGGGGAAGAAGGGCUGUCCAGGGUGAAGCGGCAGGGUAACCAAGGUAGGCCCAACAGGCCUAACAGAGGUAAUAGUAACAGACCAAACAAGGGUGGCAACCACAAGGGCGGCAUCAACUGCAACGCUCGCAAGAACAGAGAGUUGCCGGAGUGCCAGGAGGACGGGCCGCCCAGCGCUGGCGUGACGCAGUUGGCUAGCCAGAUCCCGUGGGUGCGCAACGUGGCGACGGGCGGCAAUAUUGUGGAGCUGCAAGGCCUGCCCAGCACCCCGCGAAGCCAGUCCAGACGUUACCAGCUGGGCAUUGGCAAGGCUGACGAGCCGUUCCAGCAAUGCGUGACCCCUAGAGGUGAGAACGGGUUCUGCCGUUACCUGCAGUAUUGUAUCCAGCCGGAGUUCGCCUCAAGUUUCAGAGACUACCUUCCCUACGCCUGUCUCGUCGAGGGGGCGUACCUCGGAGCUUGCUGUCCCCUGCGGCUCAACAGUAACAACCUCAAGCCAACCACGCCUGCCCCGACCACGCCCGCGCCCACGCCCCGCCCCACCACACCAGCCAGCGAAGCCAGAGGCUGCGGGCUGAUCGCUAAGAUACCGCCGACCCGGAUCGUGGGAGGCAAGCCGGCCGACCCGAAGGAGUGGCCGUGGAUCGCUGCCCUGCUGCGGAACGGCGCCACUCAGUUCUGCGGCGGAGUGCUCAUCACCAACCGCCACGUGCUCACUGCCGCCCACUGCAUCGUUGACUUCACCAAGGAGUCGAUCACGGUGCGCCUCGGCGAGUACACCUUCGGCGAGACCGGAGAUUCGGCGCACGUUGACUUCAAGGUUCAGAGCAUGAAGCCCCACGAGAGCUACGACACCAACACCUAUGUCAACGACAUCGCCCUCAUCACCCUCGACCGCUCCACAGACUUCAGCGACUUCAUCUGGCCCGUCUGUCUCCCGGACUCCGACGACUCGUACGUGGGGCACGAUGCCACGGUGAUUGGCUGGGGCACCAUCUACUUCGGCGGCCCCGUCGCCUCCACGCUGCAGGAGGUCACCAUCCCCGUGUGGACCAACGCGGAGUGUGACGAGGCCUACGAGCAGAACAUCAUCGACAAGCAGCUGUGUGCCGGGGCCAAGGAGGGCGGCAAGGACUCCUGUCAGGGUGACAGCGGCGGCCCCCUCCUGCUGCAGCAAGGCGGCGCCAACCGGUGGGCGGUGGCGGGCGUCGUGUCGUGGGGCAUCCGCUGUGCCGAGGCGGGCAACCCUGGCGUGUACACGCGUGUCAGCAAAUACAGGGACUGGAUCAGACAAAAUGCCGUGUAACUAACUACUCCAGGGAUACGCCGCCUCACCACUCGCGACGCCAAAGUAUCGGGAAGACGAGCACAGACAUUUCACCGUCCACUCUAGACACACAGGAAGCCGCGUCACGCAGCCACACAGACGGCUCGUGGUGCGCGGCGGGCCUGUGACGGCUGUGCCCAGGCUCAAGGGUUUGAAGGGGUUUGUCAUUCAGUAUGGUGAGGAUACAAGGAGACAUGAAAAAAUAGCAAAUAGUACGAUAUCAUGCUAAAAAAACAAAAUGUACAACAGACUCCGUGUCGGCAGUGUUCGGCAGGAGGCUCUGUGGCUAUUAAUUGGAAGCCUGCUGAGGGCCGCCAACAUAAUAAGUUAAUAGGGCCCGUAUUCGUGUUUUAGCUUUCCAGUGAAUACAUUUUUAAUAAAAUUUUAAGCAAGUCCAGGUUUUAUGAGAUAUUAUUACGUGUGGAACGUUUAAUAAAUGUUGAAAAAUAA